AUGGCGAACGCAGACCCAUUCCUACAAGUCCAAGCCGACGUCGUCUCAACCCUCCAAACCAGCCGACCACUCUUCUCCUCAUACCUCCGCAUCCGGUCCCUAGCCAAAAGCCCCUCAAACCCCGAGCUCAAGCAAGCACGCUCAGAACUAGAAAGCAUCUUAACAGAGUUAACAGCGGACCUCAACGACCUAGUCGAGAGCGUGCGUGCAAUCGAACAAGACCCCUACCGUUAUGGCCUAGAACUAGAGGAGGUGCAGCGGCGCCGCAAACUCGUCGACGAUGUUGGCGAUGAAGUCGAGCAGAUGCACCAGGAACUACAGCAGGCUGUUUCGAAUACUGCGCCGGGCGAUGCAUUGCCGAAUCCGACGGAGUUUGAUGCGGCUCUGGAGGAGGAAGAGCGUGGGCGUGGACGUGGGAGUGGUGGAGAUGAUUAUUAUGCUUCUAUGGAGCAGCAGAGACAGACGGAACUUAUGCAUGAGCAGGAUGAGCAGCUUGAUGGGGUUUUUCGUACUGUUGGCAAUUUGCGGCAGCAGGCUGAUGAUAUGGGCCGUGAGCUUGAGGAUCAGGCUGUUAUGAUUGAUGAGGUUGAUUCGCUGGCUGAUCGUGUUGGGGGAAAUUGUCGAAUGGCAUGUCGCGGAUCAAACAUAUUGUUCGCAAGAAUGAAGAUACAUGGUCCUCCUUUUGUAUCGCGGCGCUUAUCUUCGUUCUCGUCUUAUUAUUGA